UCCACAUUUGGCGACAAUUUCACGGUCAAUGGAAUAUUUUACAAGCCGAGAACUCCGCAAAUUUAUAAAAAGAACUUUAUCUUAUCCUUCACGCAAAAUCUGUCUGCUGUGCUGUCGUAUCCUGGCCGUUCUCGUUCCGAAGUGAACACCUUCUUCACUCGACACUGGGGCGAUGCUUUCGUACCUCUAACUAGUAUACCUCGAUCAACUCUGAUUCCACCGAUUUCUGAUCAACAAUUCGUGAUGUAUUGCUCUGGUCAUUUGAGCUUAAGCUUGUUCCAAAAGGGAAUAAAUAGGGUUUUCACCACACUAAAAAUAACAUUACAGAUGUUGAUGAACCCAUCGUUUCGUUUAUCUGACCAGCGAAGUUUCACCGAAAUGUUCAUGGUUCCGCCGAAGGGGAUCCCUGAUCCCCUCACAGUUACAAAAUCUGGACGCGCUAUAACUUCUACUGCCGGCGUGUUUCGCGAUUAUCAGACCCUGAGCGCUCACUUGGAGUCUCUUCACGAUGUGGUGGAUUCCCGGCUAGCAACACGACUUGUGACAAAGUCGAAAUCAUUUUGGCAAAUGGUUCAUAGUUAUGGCGGUCUUCAUGAGGAGUUAGCUGAUUCGAUGAGUGAUAUCAGGAAAAUUCGUGUAAACUUGCAAUCAGUCGCGACAAUGAUUUGCGAACGAACACGAAAAAUUAUACGUUUGUUUGAACAACGUGAAAAGAAGAAUAUGUUACUCGCGAAACUACUUGACGUGGCUUGCUUACGUGAUGCUCAGUCAACUGUCCAAAUGUUGCUUAAUCAAAGUGAUUAUCCGAAAGCAAUCGAGUGCAUCGAAACCAGUGAAGAAGUCCUCAGCUCCGAACUUAGCGGUGUUCAAUGUUUCAGACAUCUCGGUUCGCAACUGACUGAACUGUAUGGUGUUAUUGGUCGAAUGAUGCUUGAAGACUUUGCCUCUUUAAUACAGAAAGAAUUUGGAAUGAAACCUGAGGAUGGUGUCUUAAUGAUCUAUGAUGGAGAGUUGUCAUGUGUAAUUAUGGGACUAGUACAAGUACGCCGAUAUGGUUUUAUGUCUAUUAUACGAACAGAAAUAAUGGAAGCCAUGAAAGGAAUUCUACGACACGAAGUCAAACUUCACAUUGUCGAAAGUGGUCUAGAUCUUACCGAUUUCGACCCAACACUCAAUCAACUCGGCGAACCGGUCCGUCGCCUAAAGUUCCAAGAUUGGUUAAAAACAGUCAGUGAUGUUACUCGAGAAUUCUUCCAUUUCUGCAAAAGAAUUCAGGCUUUACAAGAACUAAUUCACGAAUAUUUAUCCUCUAGUGACCACGAUGUGAGCUCAAGCACGUCAAGUGAUGCAUCGACGCUUCUAGCUGUGGAGAUUCGUUCUCUACCUCAGCUCUUGAAGUCCGCCUCUGUUUUGACCGAGUUUGCUCAUCACUGUGCUCAAACUCGACUCUGUCGAUUACUGGUUGCCAGAUCAAAAGUACGUGAGCAGGACCAAACCACACCCGAUCAACUGGCCCAGUUGAUAUCAUUAGCUAAAACAUAUCAAAAAGAAUGCGCUGAUGAAGGGUGGCAUAAAACGGAGGUAGGGAUAGACCCUUUGUCAAUGUGCCUACAGAAGUUAUGCCUAGAGUACAUUGAGCGGUUUCAUACACAGCGCCGUGCCGAACUAGAUGCAGAAUUAUGGAAGGCUUCAGAGGUAACUGCAGAAAUACAAUGUAUAGUGGACGAGUCAAUUCAAACUAAUCGGUUGAGGAAUGUGGGAGCAUCAAACCAUUGCGUUGAUGGAACGUCAUUAAUGGUUAACUAUUCCUCCUUCAUUGUUGUUGGAUCGGCGUUGAUAUUCAUCAAAAUCCUUGCUGAUUACUGUGAAUGUUUCGCAGCUCUGCCAGCAUUUGCUGCUGAUAUUCUAUCACGCGUUGUCGAAUUACUUAAAGGAUUUAAUAGUCGUUGUUGUCAAUUGAUUUUGGGCGCAGGAGCACUACAGUUGGUUGGAUUGAAGACGAUUUCAGUGCGGAACCUAGCUCUCGCGUCUCGUUCACUACAGUUAAUUGUUCAUUUCAUUCCGCUUGUAGCUAAAGAAGCUGAACUUUCUCUAAAGGACGAUCAGAAACACCUUAUGCGACAUAUUAAACAGACUCUUACUGAUUACACUAAUCAUAUUGGAGAGAUCACUUCGAAACUCGUCAGCGUCAUUGACCAUUGUACGCGGAAUUGUCUGAACAGUUGGACUGUGAGCUCAUCAGUACCUUCAACGUCAUUCCAGCAAAUCUGCAGGCAAAUGGUUAAAUUCCACAAUGGCUUAGCAGGAAUCAUUCCUGAUGACCAAAUAAAGGUACAUAUCUUUCUUCCAAUCCGUAAAAAUUUUUUUUGUCUUUGGAAACCUACGCGAACCAAAUUUUCCUUUGUCGAUUUUUGGGGCUGCUGGAACUUCUCUCGGUUUUUUAAAAACUUAAAUUCCUUUUUCAUUUCUUUUGGAAAUUUUGAUUCUGAACAACACUGGAAAUUAAGUUGCAGUAUUAAAGAACCAUACUUGGUCCUAAAUAGUUGCAGUAAAGUAUCUUCUAAAAGGUGA